CCGACAGUAAGUCCUACAGCAAUUGGUUCAUCUCCCAACUACCUACAGUACAUGAUCACCCCCUUUUUUCGACUUAACAGAAUACCAGGUCCUUCCCUAUCUCACAGUACCUCGUCCUUACUUGAAGCAUAGACCAAUUGAGUCGUGCGUUUUCGAGCAAGAUCUAUCACGACCAUCACAAGCCCCAGUCAAGCCGUCUAGCCGUCCACGUGGUGUUUUGCCCACAGAAAUUCCGAUGGUUUCGAUCAUCGAAUGCCCUCAACAGGAACUAGCCCCCUCGCGGUUUACUUGGGUAGUGUGAGGAGGAGGAGAUACGAUAUCGUGUCCUUACUGUCUCCAAUACUUUUCAAAGUAUACAUCAUUAUUCCUACAUAUACUCUUCAGGGAAGAGGUACGUUUCACAAACCAUUAUAUAUCCCAAUAAACUCAUUGGCCGAACACUUGAUUCUUUUUCUUUUCUUUUCUUCUUCGGAGAGGAUGAUUCAUGGCAGGCAAAACCCAGACGAUGGGAACACAAAGCCGACGCCCGGUGUCACCAUGGAUGAGACAACCCGAUGAGCCAUCCAUCUUCAACAUCAAGCCCAAAGUCUUAGGAUGCAGACUAUAGGCAGAGCAGCCACUUCCUUCGAAGUCUUCGACUGCAGAUGUCCAGCGUUCUGCCUGUAGAUGGAUGUAGGUACAUUAGCACCAACAAAGAGAGAAAGAGAGAAAGAUGUAGGUACGUAGAUGCCACUUCGAUCUCAUCCCACGGAUACCCACAGCCCUGCGUAACACACGCUCGGUAGCCCGACAACAGCAAGUCCCCGGCGGUUAGCUACCUACCUACCCAGACAUACAUCAAUUGACAAGGUAAAGUACCUACCUACCUACGUAAGCUCUCUAUUCUCCUAACAUUCGAGCAUUGAUGCAUGCCCAGCCCUCUCCUCUUUCCUGACCCUCAGCAUUCAUGCACUGGAUCGGCAUUCACUUUAUCAAUCUAGUGAGAUCGUACAGAAGCCCGCGGGGAGCGGUAUGUAGGCCGGCCCCGUCUGCCCAUACGUACAUGAUUAGUGAUGCUUCCUCGUCCUCGAAUUCAUGUUCCAGCUCUCAGCUGACACGAGCGUAUACCUACAUACAUAUAUAGGAGGU